UUCAUGCGCACAUAUGGUACCGCCCUCACCAGUCUGUUUUUUCAACCGGUAUGCCUGUCUUUGUUUGUUAGAACGAAAUAUCUACUUUAAUUUGAAGAUAAUAAUAAGUUGACAAUUGAUAAUUAUUGUAAAGUAAUUUAUAUAAUAAAAUACAGAAAAAAUAUCAUGAUAUCAAUAAUAAAAACUAUUUCAGAAAUUUAUAAAUUUCCCGUUAAAAUUUCAUAUCGCCUUGUUCAUAAUACAACUAAUAGUAAACAAGCUGAACCAGCUGCUCAGGAAAAUGAAGUCGAUGAUAACCUUCCAAUAACAUUAAAAUCUAAUCCAUUUGAACGAGAACGAAAAAAAUGUAUCUUAUGUCGUUUAAACAUUCGACCUGAUUACAAAAAUUGGAGAUUAUUAUCUCAGUUCCAGAGUACAUUUACAGGAAAAGUUUAUGGAAGACACAUAACAGGUUUAUGUAAACAUAAACAAGAAGCUGUUGAAAUAGAAAUUUGGAGAGCACAACAGAGUGGUUUUAUGCCAACAUACCAUAAACAUGCUCCAUUUAUACAUGAUCCUAAAUUAUUUGACCCUGACAAUCCAUUCAGACCCCACAAAUAUUAAUUUUUUAUGUAGCAAAAUGUACGUUUUUAUUUCUAUUCAAUAUAAUAAAUAUAUUAUACAUUAC